AUGGUUGACCUUCCUACCCACAAGGCAAUGCCACUCACCAAGGAUGUCAUUCACUUCGGCGCCUUCGUGGUGACAAGCCAGGUCUUCCACCUAACCCGCCUCUCCUUCGCCAUCGUCAACCUCAAGCCCCUCCUCCCAGGCCACGUCCUCGUCUCCCCCCGCCGCCCCGUCCCCCGCUUCAACGACCUCUCCACCGCCGAAGUCCAAGACCUCUUCGCAACCGUCCAACGCGUCUCCCGCAUGGUCGAGCGCGUCUUCGGCGCCUCAGCCCUCAACAUCGCCAUCCAAGACGGCGUGGACGCCGGCCAAAGCGUGCCCCACGUUCACGCGCACAUUAUCCCGCGCAAGAAGAACGAUCUAGAGGCCCGCGGCGGCACCGAUGCCAUCUACGAGAUGAUGCAGAGUGAGGAUGCGGAUUUGGAUGGCUUGCAUAGGGCGAAGGAGCGGCAGGCGCAGGCGCAGCUUGCGGACGAGGAGAGGAGGGGGAGGUUUCCGGCGGUGGAUAAUGAUAAGAGGGAGCCGAGGGGGGAUGAGGAGAUGAGGAGGGAGGCCGAGUGGUUGGCGGAGGAGAUGGAGAAGGAGGUAAAGGAGGUUAACGAGGAGCGUGUGCAUGGUUCUUGA